AGGUGACUUCCCUGUUGACUACCCAGAAAAGCAGCUGAGACCUGAGACCUCAGGGCCCAAGACUAAGCUGUAAGCAGUCAGCCCAGGGGCACAACGGCUGCAUCCAGGAAAUCUGCCAUGCAGGCCCCCUCAGUGAGCCACCAAGACCCUCUGCCUCGAAAGAAUGCCACACCCUGGGAAGCCUCCUACCAACGCUUCAGUCAGUUCCAAUAUGAAGAAGCAGCUGGGCCUCGAGAAGCCUUCUACAAGCUUUGGGAGCUUUGCUGUCAAUGGCUGAAGCCACAGAUACGGUCUAUGGACCAGAUCCUGGCGCUGUUCGUGAUGGAGAAAUUCUUGCAAAUUCUACCUGCAGACACAGAGGCCGGCCGGAUCGUGCUCAGUGAGGAGACCAGAGAAAGAGUGUUCGCCCUGAUAGAAAACCUGCAGAAAGACAACGGGGAGCCAGAGAACAAGAUCAACAUGUGUGAUAGGCUCUUGGAACAACUGGUGCCAGCGGGUCCAUUACUUACACAGUUUGACAUGCACGUGGGGUCACCUGCAUUCCAGAUGAUGGCACUUGGCCAGGAGCUCCAUGACACAUCGCUAGCAGAGCCAGAGGAAAUGAAUGCUGCUAAUGAUGCCCAAUGCCUGUCCUUUCUGAAUAUUGCGUUCCAUUUCUCCAAUGAGUACCAACAUCUGGAACCUCCUGGUGAAGAACCCCCAGAACAGCUGCUGGCUGAAUGCAAGACGCCUGAGAAAACCCAGAAGUCCUCAGAAUACCAGGACCAAUGGGAGAUGCCAGGGACCUCCAAGGAAGCACAGGGGCCUGUCAACCCUGGAGUCCUCUGCACAGGCUCGUCCCGAUGA